GUCAGAAACACCCGCUCAUUCGGAUUUACACUUUGUUGACGGUUGUAGGUUGAAGAUGCAAAUCUGAGGCAACGAGUUUAAACUCAAAAGUUCUGGGAAUUAUCAUGCGGACUAAAUCUUUGUUUGAAGAGCAAACUGGAAAAGUUUGGAGACCCAAAGUGGACACGUGGUCGGUCUUGAAAUGCGCAGUAAAUUAGUGCUUUUAGAGUAAUUUGCCUAAAGAGCAUUGGCAACAGCUAUUACCAUAAUCAUGCAAGGAUACAACUGGAAUUCUAAUCAACGACCUCCACCUAAGUACCAAGAACGACAUCUGCCCAAGUACCAAGAAAGGCCCCCACCUAUGUACCAACCCACCAGGAAUCAUGAAAAUGAUCAACCAGCUAACACACACCAGACACGGAUCAACCCCAAACUAUAUACUACACCGCAGCAAAGAUAUUCCAAUGGACAACAACAAUAUGUAAAUCACUGGAAUUCUGCUCAAGGUGUUCACUCAAACAGUGGGGACUCUCUAGCUCUUGUUCUUCAACCAAAAGCAAAUCAGACCCACCCCCACCCAAUCACAGGCUCCCAGACACAGCAGCACUGCACACAAGGGAUGGUCUCUCAAACAAAAGUACCAUCUGAAAACCCCAAUACAUGUAGGUAUUAUGCCCAAUAUAACACUCAGCAUGUUUACUCCCAACAGAACUAUGGAAACACCGGUCCAUUGCAAAAUAAUGUUGGCCCUAACCAAGCUCCAACGUCUUUACCUUCAGACCAUGGAGGCUCUAAAACUGGGUGUAAUGAGAACACCAGGUGUUGGAACUUACACAUUUCUGACAAUGGGAGCUCUUGCCACAUGAAUAACCAGCAACAACCUUGUUCUUCUAGAACAGCACCUCUUCAUCACCAACAAUGGUUCUCUGGACAACAGUCAGACAAACAGCAGACUAUGCACAACACAAAACCUGGACACACUCAACAAUCCACUUCUUGGGCCCAAAACAAUGGUUUGACGCAGAGAAUGUACACCAGCCAAGCUCAGAUGACCGAAACAAUCCAUUAUACCUCAAACAGUUCUGUCAGACUGCCACACUCUGGAGCACAAAAGAGCAUUUCAUCACCUUCCAUUAAUUUUCAGAAGAGUCCUUUUAUGAAGAGCCAGCUAGAAAUGAGGAUGAAUGCAGGUCCCAAUGUAUCAGCCACCCAUUCUCAGAAUAGUCAAAGCAACAAUGGACAGCAGAGCAUAGACAAUAGGACAUGUAGCAUUAAUCAGACAGCUCAAAACCAAAUACAGAAGACUCUCACCAAUGAAACCCAACCUAACCCUCAGUCUAAGCCAGAUUUCAACAUAAAUUCUUUUGUUAACCCAUUAUUAUAUCGAUUACUGUGUUCGGGUGACAAUGCUAAUAGUUCAGUAAUAAAUAAGCAGCCAUCAGAUGGCAGAACAAGAGAUCAGAAUGCACAGUUUACAGAUGAACCCCCUAGUAAAAAAAUGUACUAUGGUGUAUUUCAGAAAGACUAUUGGAACCAAGUGCCCUCCAAAAAAAUAAGCAUCUCCAAAGAUGCGAGUAGGUUUGCUUCACAAUCUGCCUUACCUGGCAUCAAUCAUACAGGCAGAACAGAACAGAGUAGCAGUGAGAAGAGACAUGGUACAAGACAACACAGGGUAGAAUACACUACUGACCCGGCAGAUUGUCUUGAAGCUGUGUUUUCUCUACAGAAAGCUGCUCAGCAAGUCCACAAGGCCAUAGCAAUCGUGCCCCCCAUUUCCCAGCAAACCUCAAAUACUGAACUGAUGGAUGAUACAGGUCCAAAAACAGUUGACAGUCCACCUCUAAAGAUUGAUGCCAUUUGGUCAAAUGCUGAAGAACCUGAUGCACUGAGUUUUGUCACAAAAGUAACUGACAAGCUGUCUGAAUCGCCUGCACCAGUUGCACAGCAGGAUGAUGGAAGGUUUAGCAUUCAAACUGAGACCAUAAACAACAUCACAGUCACUAGCAUACCUCAAAGUCCUGAUAUUUGCUCUGCUAAUCCUACAGUAGGAUGUCAAAAUGACUUGCAGAAAAAGGAUAAAGAGCAGAGUGAUUGUGAUUCAGGUGAUACUGUGUUUGAAAUUUCCAGUGUGCCAGUGGUUGAUUACACACUGCAGAAACUGAUGAACCUGACAAAGUCUAUAGAGAUGGAAGAGAUGACCAAAUUAUGCGCUAGAUAUGCAGAUAUACCAGAGAGUGUUUUCAAUUGGAUCUUGGAACUCUUUUGGAAUGGGGACAAAUACAAUCUUUUGGAAUCUUUAAAGUUGCAUAGAGAACUGACGGAGUGCUCAUCAGGUGUAAAGAAUUAUGAAUCGGUGGUAUUUCAAAGCAUUUCAUCUGAAAACUUUAAGAAACUGGCUCAUUGUGACAUUCUCAACAAUGAGAUCUGUUUGUCAUCUGAGGAGUUCAAAUCAUCUUGGUUAAAUGUUGAUGGACAGCCUGCGGAUAUUGACAAAGUGCUCUCAGAACCAUUGCCUGAUUAUGUUCCUUCAGACUAUUCAGGUGAUAAUUCACUUAAAGAAGCUCCUGAGGUUACAUCCCUCAGAACAGAGCAAAGUGUAAAGUCAAACACAUGCAGUUUAUGGACUGAAAGUCAUACAGAGGUUUUCACACCUUUGGCAGGAAAUGGCAGUGAGGAAAUUGCUAUCAAAGACAAAGGGCCUGCAGAGCUUUCACCAUUCUCAGAAAUGCCUUCAGAAGAACUAACAGACAGCAGCAAAGAAAUGGAAGUAUUAAGCCAAGAACACAUCAGAGUCACACAAGAUGUCAGUCUCCCCUCCCCCCAGGAAGACAUACAUUUAGAGUCUGAUUCAUUUUCUGUGAGACCUGUAGAUAAACUUUUGGAAUGUGCCAGUGCCAUUUCAGAUGAUGUGAAUAAAUCUAAUGUGUCACUUUCUACAGAGGCUCUUAGUAAAUCCACAAACACAUGGCAAGUAGACAAUGAGAAUUUGGGGAAUAAGAAGGCUGCUAGCAACUCCACAGUCAUCUGCCAGAUGGAAGAUAUUUCUGACAAUGACAAUUUGGGCAAUAAGGAGGCUGCUAGCAACUCCACAGUCAUCUGGCAGGGGGAAGAUAUUUGUGAUGAUGAGAAUUCAGGUAAAGCAGAUACUCUUAAAAAGUUGACUGAAGUAUGGCAAGUGGAAGAUAUUUCUGAUGAUGAGAAUUCCGGUAAAGCAGAGACUCUAAAAAAGUUGACUGAAGUAUGGCAAGUGGAAGAUAUUUCUGACAAUGAGAAUUCAGGAAAGCCAGAUGUUUAUAUUAUUGAAGAUGUGUCUAAUGAUGAAAAUUCAAGUGAUAACUCCCUGUUGAUGGCAGUAACUGUGCUGUCAUCUGAAGAUGCUAGAAACCUUUUCCAUCAGUUAGAAAAAGAACCUCAAUGUAACAUAAAAACCAAGUCUACUCAAUCAAACAUUGACUCCCCAGAGCUUGUGGCAUUGUUUAGCUCACCCAGUGAGCCAAACCAUAAAUGUAGUGAAGUAAAGAUUUGCUUUCGUUGUGGUAGCAAUCACAUUGAGAAAUACACUUCCACUCAUGUGAUUAAAGACAAUGAUGGUGAACUUUUCUGCUCCCACUGUUGGGAUGAGGCACCAUCACUUGAACUAGAAAGUGAGUCAUGCUCUCCUCUGAGGAACAAGACUGAUGCAUCCUUUUUAAAAUCAGAUGAACAAGAGCAAAGUAGUCCGCCAACUCUUGAACUGGAAAUCCAGGAGACAACUGUUCCUUCAACAAAGGCAAACAUUGAGGAUAAAGGACAGACAGGACAAAAAAGUGACAUCAUGAUAAAAUCGGCAAUGCCUGAUCUCAGAAUAACUGAGCUUCAAAGUUCAGAUGAAGAGGAGUUUUGCAAGAUUGAAACCGAUAUGGUCAAAUCAGACAAAAUCAGCUUAACCAAGCUCCAAAUGCCCAUACAACGCAACACGCCGCCUCCAAUGGAAUCUGUUUUCCUUCAGCAUAAACCAAAAUUCGAUACCACUAGCACUGGUGUUGAUGAUUGUGUGCUCUUCCAACAGUUAGAAACAGAACCUCAAUGUAACGUGAAAGCCGAGUCUAUUCGAUCAAGCUUUGACUCAACAGAACUUGUUGCAUGGUUAAGCUCGCCCAGUCAGCCUAACCAUGCAUGUAGCGAAGCACAGAUUUGCUCUGGUUGUGGUACCAAUUGCACUGAGAAAUCCAAUUCAACUUAUGUUAUUAAAAAGGACAAUGAUGCUGAACUUUUCUGUUCUAACUGUUGGGUUGAGGCACCAUUGCUUGAACUAGAAGGGGAGUUAUGCUUUCCAAAGAGGAACAAGACUGAUGCUUUGGGAACUGAAUCAGACGAACAAGAGCAAUAUUGUACCCCUCCAACUCUUGAACUGGAAGUCAAUGAGCCAAUUGUUCCUUCAACAGAGGCACACAUUGCUGAUGAUAGACUGGCAGGACAAAAAAGUGACAACAUGGUCAAAUCAGCAAUGCCCAAUCUCAGAAUGCCUGGAAUUCAGAGUUCAGUUGAACAGGAGCUUCCCGAGAUUCAAGCAGAUACGGUCAAAUCAGACAAAAUCAGCUGGAACAAGCUCCAAAUGCCAGUGCAACACACCACACUUCCUCCAACAAAAUCUGUUGUCAAGCAAAAGUCAAAAUCCGGUAGCACUAAGAUUGUUGUUGAUGAUUGUGAGCUCUUCACUCCAGAUAUUGUGAUAAAAAAGAAUUGGCCACAAAAGAAAAAUCUUGAUGAGCGUAAUCUUUGUGGUGUAUCUGAAAUUAACAACUCUAGUGGUGAAAAUCAGAACCUCAGAAAUGUGAAAAAAGUUAAAGACAGACAAAAUUAUCCCCUACAGGCUAUGAUGGACAGAAACUCUCAGAACCAUACAAAAAACCAACACAAAGUGCUAGAGAGAAUGUCCAGUCAUCCAAAUACAACACCAUGCAUGACCACAAUGCCCCACAAGUCAAAUAAGAGGCUUGAUAAAUAUGAUGGUGCUCAGUCAGUGAAGAAAAUAACAAAUGCGAAAAAUAAAGUUACAUUUGCCUUAUAUGGGUCCAAAGGUGACCAAUGCAUUGCCCCGGAGCGGCGUCCUUUUGCCCCUCCUACCUUAACAAUUUCCAAUGCUGGCAAGGACUAUGUUUGUGUGCUUUCUGCUAAACAAAAAGUUCACAACCAGUGGAGCAGCACCUACAUACCCAAAAUAAAGAUAUCUAUACCCAGGUCACCACAGGAGAAGAAAAGGAUGCCCUCUCCACCUAAAUCACCACAGAAGAAGAUGAAGAUGACCUCUUUUUCACCCAAAUAUUCAAAGCAGAUUAAAAAAAUUCAGAAACCUCAGGAAUUCUUGAAGUCAAACAUGGAUGCUUUAAAAAGCCAUUUGAAACAAAGAGCCAUGCAGCUAUCAAGUAAUGUGUUAGAGCUAAAUUCAUCCAGAAAAACAUUUUCCCAGCAAAAGCUUACAAAUACACUACACAGUUAACUUGUGCCUUGUAAAGUUGCUUAAUUGUUGCUUUUAAUAUGUUUACUUAAAAGGACAUGUAAUUAAAACCUGUGGCUGAAAUGUGAACGUUUUCUGUAAAUGACAUUGCUGACUUUUGACUGUAAUUUCACCAUUGGGGCAAAGUAAAACUUUUUUUUUUAUAUAUACAAUAUUUUUUUUACCAGGGGAUUUAUUGUUUUUAUAAUGUUGUAUAGUACUCCAUGUAUGACUGAAUCAUGUUGUUUGAUCACAGUGAUCUUUAAAUGUACCAUUUUAAGGUAUAGCAAUGUUAUUUUAUACAUAUGUUGUCUUGAAAAUAAAUGACAUGAAAAUGU